ACUUUAAUAUCGCGUGUUCAUCGCCCUGUGACGAGUUCUAGUCCUGUAUCAAUAAAUCCCAUCCUGGAUGCGUCAGGUUAUCGUCAAGCGGGGGAACUAACGGAUGAAGAAACCGGAUUGUCUGUCAGUUCCGCAUCUUCCAACGAUGAAGAGGAUCCGAUGGCAUUGACCACCAGCCCUGAAAGCACGGAUCAGAUACAAUCCCCUGAAGAUCUACUUGCCCAUCAGUUGUCCGGUCAGUGUCACACGUCUUUUGAUCUUACUUACUGGCAAGAACUGGAUGACGAUCCGUGGUCGAAUAACACAACACCUAUGGACUAUACAAAUCGAUUAGUAGCUCACUUAGAAGAAGUAGUAUUCGACCUGGGAUGUUUCUUUUUGAUUGAUUCUCAGUCAGACGAUCGGGGCAAGGAAAAAGAGUAG